AUGGAAGGAGUGAGCAAUGGAGGGAUGUUAUACCACGAGGUACAAGAGGCAAAGCUAUGCGCCGUACAUUGCGUUAACUCGGUGUUACAAGGACCGUUCUUUUCAGAAUUCGAUUUGGCGGCGCUUGCUUCCGAUCUCGAUACAAAAGAACGCCAGAUGAUGCAAGAGGGAGCCGCCGCCGCUGCCGUUGCUGCCGCUGGUGAUUUCCUCUCCGCCGAGUCUCAUAAUGUCUCCUUAGGCGGAGAUUUUAGCAUCCAGGUUUUACAAAAGGCUUUAGAGGUGUGGGAUUUGCAGGUCAUAGCCUUUGACAGUCCAGUUGCUGAGCAUGCGCAGAUUGACCCUGAUCUAGAAAAUGCUUUUAUUUGUCAUUUGCAUGAUCAUUGGUUCUGUAUUAGGAAAGUGAAUGGGGAGUGGUAUAACUUCGACAGCCUCUAUGCAGCUCCGCAACACUUGUCCAAGUUUUACCUUGCAGCCUACCUGGAUUCUCUUAAAAACUCUGGCUGGAGCAUUUUCCUGGUGAGAGGGAACUUCCCGAAAGAGUUCCCCAUCUCAUCCUCUGAAGCUUCCAACGGUUAUGGACAGUGGCUGUUGCCUGAAGAUGCUGAGAGGAUUACUAAAUCAUGCAACACAACUCAGUCUCCUCUGAGAAUCAAUUCCAAUCAACAGGAUUCCGACCCAUAUCAAGAAAUUCUGUUAGAAAUGGAAGACCAGGACUUGAAAGCUGCAAUAGCUGCCAGCUUGAUGGAAUCUUCCCAAGCCAUGGCUAUGGUGGAAACCGGUGGUCCUCAAAAUGACAAUGACGAUACCAAAGAUGGCAACAGAGCCGGUCCUCAAAAUGAAAGUGAAGAUACCAAAGAUGGCAACAAAGCCAGUCCUCAAAAUGACAAUGAAGAUACCAAAGAUGGCAACAAAGCCGGCCCUCAAAAUGGCAGUGAAGAUACCAAAGAUGGCAACAAAGCCGGCCCCCAAAAUGACAAUGAAGAUACCAAAGAUGGCAACGAAGAUAACAAAGACAAAAAUGCACUAUAA